CCAGUCGGCAAGCACUGCGUCGUAUGACGUAAUCGCGGAGUCACUUCCGCCCUUUUCGUCAUUUCCGCCCUCUUCCUCUCCCUUACAUCCUCACGCUGAGCGCGGCGGCAAUGCGCAUGAGUGUUGCCCCCGCUGUGACUGCCGGCUAGUUAUGGAUGCUCACGACCUGUUUCGUCGCCUCGGCGCCGGAGCCAAGUUCGACCUGAGGCGCUUCCAGACGGACGCGGCCCGAUUCCAGCUAGGAAAAAGGAAAUUUGACUUUGAUUCUUCAGAGGUAUUAGAGGAACUGAACUUCUUUGGAAGGAAGAAACCUACCCCUGCUGAAAAUGAAGCCUCAUUGGAUAAUAGCCUCUCCAAGGAAGAGGAGAGACUGCAGCAAAAAGUUGAAGGUGAAGAGGAUAACAGAAUUGAAAGGAAGAGGAAACGGAACAUGAAAAAGGAAAAACAAACUCCUGAAACUAUUUCAGUUGGUUCCAACAAGGAAGAAGAGACUAUACUAUGGAUGUCUUCACUGGAAGCCAAGAUUAAAAAUAAAAAAGGAAAAGAAGAAAAUAAACUAACUGCAGAGAAAUUGGAACGGCUCCGAAAGCAAAAGAUAAACUGCCUCCGAAAUAAACACAAAAUUCACAUCCAAGGAACUGAUCUUCCGGAACCUAUUACUUCAUUUCAGCAACUUGACCAGGAAUACAAGAUCCACUCUCGACUACUCCAAAACAUCUUAGAUGCAGGUUUCCAGACCCCCACACCAAUCCAAAUGCAAGCAAUUCCUGUCAUGCUUCAUGGUCGUGAACUGUUGGCUUCUGCCCCUACUGGAUCUGGAAAAACCUUGGCUUUUAGCAUUCCUAUUUUAAUGCAGCUGAAACAACCAACAAAUAAAGGCUUCAGAGCACUGAUCAUAUCGCCCACACGAGAACUUGCCAGCCAGACUCAUCGAGAGUUAGUAAGAAUCUCUGAGGGCACCGGAUUCAGAAUACAUAUGAUACACAAAGCAGCUGUGGCAGCCAAGAAGUUUGGGCCUAAAUCAUCUAAGAAAUUUGAUAUUCUUGUGACUACUCCAAAUCGACUAAUUUAUUUGCUGAAACAAGAUCCUCCAGGAAUAGACCUAAAAAAUGUGGAAUGGCUGGUGGUAGAUGAAUCUGACAAAUUGUUUGAAGAUGGAAAGACUGGUUUCAGAGACCAGCUGGCUUUCAUUUUCCUGGCUUGCACAUCCCACAAGGUCAGGAGAGCUAUGUUCAGUGCAACGUUUGCACAUGAUGUGGAACAGUGGUGUAAACUCAACCUGGACAACGUUAUUUCUAUUUCCAUUGGAGCAAGGAAUUCUGCGGCAGAGACUGUGGAACAAGAACUCCUGUUUGUUGGAUCUGAGACAGGCAAACUUCUAGCUAUGAGAGACCUAAUUAAGAAGGGUUUCCACCCACCUGUCCUUGUUUUUGUUCAGUCCAUUGAAAGAGCUAAAGAACUUUUCCACGAACUCAUUUAUGAAGGUAUUAAUGUGGAUGUAAUUCAUGCAGAGAGAACCCAGCAGCAGAGAGAUAACACAGUCCAUAGUUUCAGAGCAGGAAAAAUCUGGGUCCUCAUCUGUACAGCCUUGUUAGCAAGAGGAAUUGAUUUUAAAGGUGUGAACUUAGUAAUCAACUACGACUUUCCAACCAGUGCAGUGGAAUACAUCCAUAGGAUAGGUCGAACUGGAAGAGCAGGACAUAAAGGGAAGGCUGUUACAUUCUUUACUGAGGAUGAUAAGCCAUUAUUACGAAGUGUUGCCAAUGUGAUACAGCAAGCAGGAUGCCCUGUGCCAGAGUACAUCAGAAGUUUCCACAAGCUUCCAAGCAAACAGAAAAAGAAGAUGAUUAAGAAACCAUUGGAAAGAAAAAGCAUUAAUACAACACCAAAGUUUUUUUUAGAAAAUGAUGAAAGUGAAAAAAAAAUUACUCAUCAGAAUGCUGGAAAGAAGACAGUACCUACUAAAACCAGAAAUAAUCAGAUUUCAAAAACUAUUCCAGAAAUAUAAUUCUGUUGGCUUUAAGUAUUCCAUUAUUAAGUGCUGUUUUCAUGGAGCAUUUUGAGUCACCUAUCUCCUACACUGAAAUAAAACUCCAGGAAGCUCUCAGUUCAGAAAGUGA